AUGGCGCGACACGCUGGUGCGGCGGGCGAAGCGUCAGCCAAGGAUGAACCGCGUCGCCCACUGAUCAAGCUCCCGCGGCGAUGGAGCGCUUGUCAAUGGAUGGGCCUGCUCAUCCUCUUGACGGGGCUCGGCUUGAUACUAUACUCAACCAACCUGGGUUGUGGCCAGCCGAGCGACGACGCCUCGGGGGACUGCGAUGAGAGCUAUGGAUGGAAAGUCUUUGACCUGGGUUGCGUCCUGAUUGUGCUCUUUUGCUGCAUGCCCUGCUUUGCCCUGACCGAACCCGAGGCCUUUUACGACGCCUUUCCCUUGAUGAAGGAGCCCAUCCAGAAACGCUUUGGCGUUGUUCAAUCACCUGAGCCUGGAAGCGGCGAGCAGCAGAUUGAGCUUAUGGCUUAA